GUUCAAGUAGAUUUAGGCUAUCAGCUGUUCACAGCUGUUAGGAUAAUUUGAUAAACGCUGCCUAGAUAGACAACGUUCUUGAGUUAGGUAAACAUAGAAGCAUGACUAAAUAGGCGCGGAAGCGCGGAAUGAAAGAUGUUUAAGCGGCAGCUUAUAAGCUAAUUCAUUCUACCUGCCUGUCUUGUCGAAAGAUAGCUGAAUCUUUUUGUUCUUGAGUCGGUGGAUUGCCGUCUCUGGCAGUCGUCGCAGCGAGCUAAACCCUGUACCUUGAGGGAGGAUCUUCUGCAGGUUUAGCCCUGCCCCAUCGACAAUUGACCUAACCUUCACGGUUAGAUCAAUCUACCAUCACAUGGUAAUGUAAUUACUACUUGCUGUAGAUCACUCGAGAGCACUUGGAUGUUGUUGUAACUCUAUGAACUGGCUCAAGUCCACUCAUCUCGGCCAGCUUUGGCCUACUCCGCCACUAGACGCGGACAUAUAAAGUCAACAUCUCUUUCCUUCCUUGGGGCCAUUCUCCUGCUUCCCAUCACCAGCUACGAAACUCACAAGCCCUCGUCUAUCUUGAUAAUCCUACAAUGAAGCAAGUUCUCCUAGCUCUCGCUAGCUGUCUAGCUACGGCUGCUGCUGUGUCUAUCAGCCCCCGAGCAAACUCACCGUCCUGGGCUGGAUCCAACAUCUACUUCCUCAUAGGACUGUCCGAUUCACAACAGAAUGACUGGAUCAACAACUUGGCUGCCGACGGAGCUAAAGUAGUACGACUUUGGGUGAAUGCUCAAUCUCAAGGCUCUUGCCAAAAGGGUAGCACGAUCACGAAGACAAUCCCCGAGCUCGAAAAGUCUAUCGGUAGCUACAAUGACGCAGUGUUGGAUGCUGUCGACAGCGUCUUGGUGAAGCUAGCUGCCAAGAAAAUCAAGGCUAUUAUCUCGCCGCACGACGCCGCCAACCAGUUCGUGUCUGGUAGCUCUGACCCGUACUGGAACAAAUACGGCUCGGGCUACUUCUACGAACAGCAAGCUGCGUUCGACGACUAUGAUGCCCGACUCACUCACGUGCUCAACUACCGCGGGAAAUCAUCGGGCAAGGUGUGGAAGAAUUGGAGCGAGGCCAUCAUGGCUUUCGAUCUACAGAACGAGCCCAUGUCUACGAAGACUGAGGAAUGCCUAAACGGCGCAGGCGCGAAAUGGGUCUGCGGACGCGCACAGCACAUGCGCAGCGUUCUGGGCGCUAACAACCCAAUCAAGAUCUCCUCUGGUGGUAUUGGUGGCGACAUCUCCAAGAACUGCAACUUCAUGGAUGCGGCCGUGAACUGUGGACAGCUCGAUAUGAUCGCUGUUCAUCGCUACGCAGGAAAUCUUGCCUCCAACCCGAAUGAAUGGUCCGCUUCCGCACCUGGCUAUCUCCGUGAUGCUAAAGGCAAGCUGGUCUAUGUCGAGGAAUGGGGCGUCAAGCAAUAUCAGGGCGCUGCAGAUCCGCGCGUGGAGUACCCGGCCCAAGCCAACGAUAUGAACAAGGCUGGGCUACCAUGGUUGUAUUGGCAAAUUGUCCCGGGCAAGAACUGCGACUAUGACCCGAAGAAUGAUAAAGGCGACUCGUUCAGUAUCUUCCAGGGCUCGGGGGUUGAUAUUGCCAGUGCGAUGAAAGCUGCAUCUUCGACAACUGGUGCUCAAGAUUGGAGUGGCAUUCUGUAUUAGAGGUGCGGAUGUCAAUGUAUUCAGUUACAAGCAGGUGAAAAUGGCAGACAGGUAUACACGAAGCGUAACGAAGUUCUCUGUAGCGCAUGGUGCGUAAGCUUUAGCUAAAGCGAUA